AUGACCGAAUUGUUGCAUUCUCAAGCUGAUAAUAUACUUAUCAAUGAUUAUGAGAGGUCAGAUGUUGCUGUUUUACCCGAUGUAGCAAUUAUUCAGACAUCAACAACCGGAGAAAAUGUUUCAUCCAAUGCAGCAACUGCUUCAUCGCAUGCACGAGUUGAACCAGUAGAUCCACAAGAUCAUGAAACAACUCGUAGACAUCGACGAGAUGGAAAUCCUGAAGAGCAAAGACCAUUGAAUAAUGAUCAUGAAGAAAUAUUUAAAUAUGGAGCAAGUCAUGUUGUGAAAUUAUUUGUACCUGUUUCACUUUGUAUGCUUAUUGUUAUAUUAACAAUUAAAACAACAAGUUCAUAUACACCAGGUGGUGCGACAUGGGCUUAUACACCAUUUACUGAAGAUAAGCCAACAAAUACACAAAAAAUAUUAUUUUCAUUGGCAAAUACAUUUAUUUUUAUGGGUUUUGUUAUUACAGCUACUGUUAUUUUGAUACUUUUAUAUAAAUUUAAAUGUUAUAAGAUUAUUCAUGGAUGGUUAAUUUUAACAACAUUAAUGUUACUCUUCUUUUUUCUCUAUUCAUAUUUCAGUAGUAUAUCCGCAUCAUUAAAUCGACCUAUUGAUAUGAUAACAAUAUGUUUUUUAACAUGGAAUAUUGGUGUUGUUGGUAUGUUUUGUGUUCAUUGGAAAGGCCCAUUACGUAUUCAACAAGCUUAUUUAAUUAUGAUGUCUGCUCUUUUGGCACUUGUUUUCUAUAAAUUUUUACCUGAUUGGACAGGUUGGCUUAUUCUUGGUGUUAUAUCCAUAUGGGAUCUUAUUGCUGUUCUAUGUCCUAAAGGCCCACUACGUAUUCUAGUUGAAACUGCACAAGAACGUAAUGAACCGAUAUUUCCAGCAUUAAUCUAUUCAUCUACAAUGGUCUAUAUGAUUACAGCAGUUGAUCCACCAGCUGAACCUGAAUUUACACCAGUUAGUGUUAAUAGCACUACUGCUGUUAAUGUUGAUGAACCAUUAACUGAUGAACAAAGGAAUGAACGUGCUACAAUAAGAAAUAAUAAUGCUCGACGUCAGCUUAUUCCUCGAGCUGAUGUACCACAAACUGAAGGAAGACGUGAACCAGCUCGAUAUGUAGUUGAACGAUCAAAUUCACCUGUACCAGAUGAUGAUGAUGAUGAAAAAGGUGUUAAACUUGGUUUAGGUGAUUUCAUAUUCUAUUCUAUAUUAUUAGCCAAAGCAUCAGCACUUGGUGAUUGGAAUGUUACAAUAGCAUGUUAUCUUUCAUUAUUAAUUGGCUUAUGUUUAACAUUACUUUUAUUAGCUAUAUUUCGUAAAGCAUUACCAGCUUUACCUAUAUCGAUUACAUUUGGUCUUGUACUAUAUUUUUCAACUGUUUAUAUAAUUGGUCCAUUUACUGCUGAAUUAAGUACUGGACAAGUUUUUAUAUGA